AUGGCUCUGGAUCGUAUUGAGGGCCUCAAUCUCUAUAUCGGCGGUGUGAUCUCUCUCAGAAACAAAGCCGCGCUACAGCAAGCCAACAUCACCCAUGUGGUUUCGGUAUUGCGCAUGCGUCCCGAUGAGACGCUUACCGAGAGCUUUCAGAACUUCAGAAUCGAGGUAGAUGAUGUAGAAGAUGAAGAUCUUCUGCAGCAUCUUGCUUCUGCCAAUGCCUUUAUUCAGUCGGGACUAGAUGCAGGCGGUGGUGUUUUAGUUCAUUGCCAGGCACCCAAACUUGACCCGGAUUCGGCCCUGGAACUGGUUCGCAAGAGUCGUUCAAUAGCAGAGCCAAACGAAGAUUUUAUGAAGCAGCUGUGGCUAUAUCAUGAGAUGGGAUGUCCGGAUGACGUUGUAAAUCAUCCUACUUACCUGCGUUGGCUGUCGCACCGUCAGAUAGAGCUCAGUGCGGCAUGCGGCAGGGCGCCAGAGCUAGACGCGGUUCGCUUCGAAGAUGAGCUGCCGUCUUCGCAUGAGACCGGAUCUACAGAGCCAGAGACGGAGAUUCGAUGUCGCAAAUGUCGAAAGCGGCAAAAGCUAACCAAAGAGAAAACCAGACGCAUGCUUGCUACAACACCUUUCAUUAUCACCCACGACAAAGAUGACAAGAAAUCUUCAUCUAGAGGACCAAAAGAAGGAGUAGACUGUGCACACAUUUUCCUCCAUCCAUUGACAUGGAUGCGACCAUCCCUCUUCCCUGGCAUUGCUCAUCAAGAAGCAGGCACAGGUACCAGUGGCGAUGACGGCGACGCACCAUUAUCAGGUCGAUUAACAUGUCCCAACCCCAAAUGUGAAGCCAACGUAGGGAAAUUUGCCUGGCAAGGGCUACAAUGCAGCUGCAGUAAAUGGGUUGUGCCCGCUAUUGGCGUUGCUCGCGCCAGAGUUGAUGUCACUGAAAGAAGAAUCGAUGUGCCUAGUCUUUCUUCUGCUGCUGCCACAGCAAACAGCACUACUAGUAGCAGAUUGGGGGCUAUGGGCAUUCGAUUACCGCCUCAUAUGCGCGGGGCAGGCACCAGCCCGGGUAAUAAUGAUCAAACUCGGAGAAAUAAUCUCUAG